UGACUUUUGUAAAUUUAUUGACGUUUGAUUUGUUGUCAAAAUCUGUUCAUUUACAGAUUUAUUCAGAAAGAUGGAAACAACAGGAAGCUGGGUGAACAUGUUUGAUAAUAUAGCAUCGACGCAAAAUAGUGGAUCAUACAAUGUCACAGCAGAUCUAAUGGCGGCAGACGAUGGCGAUCCGACUAAAAAGUUCAUUAAAAAGAUAUCAGACAUACUAAUGAUCGUCCUUUUAGCCGUAAUAUUGCUGUCGCUCGGUUGUACCAUAGAACCUACAAAACUACUGCAGCAGAUAAAGAAACCAGUUCCUGUCAUUAUUGGAAUAGUAUUGCAAUUUAUAGUAUAUCCGUUAACGGCAUUUGGAUUUGCGCAUGCGUUUCAAUUGAAUAAGUAUGAUGCACUGGGAUUACUUAUUCUAGCAACCUGUCCUGGAGGAAGUUUAUCUAAUUUGAUUACUUUCUAUUCAUCCGGAGAUGUGUGUUUGAGUAUGAUCCGUUUGCAUGACACAACAGUUGCAAUAGGAAUGAUGCCAUUGAACUUGUGGCUGUAUUCCCGUAGUUUCAUUUCAUCUACGUUUACUGUGCCAUACGUCAACAUAGUCAUCUCCUUGGUUUCGAUACUUGUUCCUGUUGCUAUUGGAAUAGUUAUCUUGAAGAAGCUUCCAAAGGUCGCGUCAUAUAUUACAAAGGCCGGAGGAGUGGUUGGAAUGCUUUUCAUUGUAACAGUAAUUGCCAUCAAUAUUUAUCUGUAUCCUGGAUUGUUCAGUUCAGAUUGGAAAAUGGUUCUUCUAGCAAUUAUUCUUCCGUUGUUUGGACUGUCUGUCGGAUAAACCCUCGCGAGAAUUUAUUUUAUAUAAGACAUUAUAAAGUCAUUCAUUUUUAUGGAACAUAAUUAUUCUAUUAUAUGGAAAGCUUAUUUAGCGAAAUAACUCACUGAUUCGUGUUAAAUGUGCAUUGUCUAUUUCAUGUCGACAUCUUGUAGUGUAAAAUAUAGCUUAUAUAAAUAAAAUGUGGUAAGA